CAGCAUGGACACCUACCAGAAACCCGAGGACAAGGAUCUGCAAGCCCUGAAGGAUCUGGCCAACCGGCUCAGGAUCCACUCCAUCAGAGCGACAUGUGCCUCCAACUCAGGGCAUCCCACAUCCUGCUGCAGCGCUGCUGAAAUCUUGUCUGUACUUUUCUUCAACACCAUGAGAUAUGAUGCAGCUGAUCCUGGCAACUUCAACAAUGACCGAUUUGUUCUCUCAAAGGGUCAUGCUGCUCCUAUCCUCUAUGCUGCAUGGACUGAAGCUGGUUAUAUUAAGGAAUCUGACCUUCUUAACCUGAGGAAGAUUGACUGUGACUUGGAGGGCCAUCCUACACCGAAACUGCCGUUCGUUGAUGUUGCUACUGGCUCACUUGGACAAGGCCUGGGAGCAUCCUGUGGUAUGGCUUACACUGGGAAAUACUUUGAUAAGGCAAGAUGUCCUUGCCACCUAAUACAUGGUUGCUUUUUUCUUUGCAGUUAUCGUGUUUAUUGUCUGCUGGGUGACGGCGAGUCUUCUGAAGGUGCUGUAUGGGAAGCCAUGGCAUUUGCAUCUCACUACCAUCUAGAUAACCUGGUGGCCAUUUUUGAUGUAAACCGUCUGGGCCAAAGUGAAGCUGCUCCUCUCCAGCACCAGACUGAGAUCUACAAGAAAAGAUGCGAAGCUUUUGGAUGGAACACCUAUAUUGUGGACGGUCAUGAUGUUGAAGAAUUGUGCUAUGCUCUGUGGCAGGCAGCCAACACGAAAGACAAGCCCACUGCAAUCAUUGCUAAAACCUUCAAAGGAAAAGGCAUUUCAGGUGUUGAAAAUCAAGAUAAUUGGCAUGGAAAACCUAUGCCUAAAGAAAAGGUAGAGUCCAUUAUUAAGGAGAUCCAGAAUCGGAUCCAGACCAACAAGAACCUGACUCCCUUGGCUCCCAUCAGAGAUGCUCCCGAGGUCAGCAUUGCCAACAUUACAAUGUCCACUCCUCCCAGUUACAAAGUAGGAGACAAGAUUGCAACACGUAAAGCUUAUGGCCUGGCACUUGCUAAACUGGGGCAUGCAAACAGCCGGGUCAUCGCCCUUGAUGGGGACACGAAAAACUCCACAUUCUCUGAGAUCUUCAAGAAUGAGCAUCCUGAGCGCUUUAUAGAGUGCUUCAUUGCCGAACAGAAUAUGGUCAGUGUGGCAAUGGGUUGUGCGACACGCAAUAGAACUGUGGCUUUUGCCAGCACAUUUGCUGCCUUCCUCUCUAGAGCGUAUGACCACAUUCGUAUGGGGGCCAUUUCUCAGUCCAAUGUUAACCUGUGUGGCUCACACUGUGGAGUCUCUAUUGGUGAGGACGGUCCUUCUCAAAUGGCCUUGGAGGAUAUUGCUAUGUUCCGUGCUAUUCCAUCCUGUACAGUCUUCUAUCCCAGUGAUGGCGUUUCCACAGAACAUGCAGUCAGUCUGGCUGCCAACACUCCAGGGAUGUGUUUUAUUAGAACCAGCAGGCCGGAUACCACAAUCCUCUAUUCUCCAGAGGAAAAGUUUGAAAUUGGACAAGCAAAGGUUGUACGUCAGAGCGAUUCAGACAGGGUGACUGUGAUCGGAGCUGGUGUUACAUUACAUGAGGCGCUGGCAGCCGCAGAUGAGCUUGCCAAACAAGAUAUCAAUAUCAGAGUGAUUGACCCAUUCACCAUUAAACCUCUGGAUGCAGCUACCAUUAUAUCCAGUGGCAGAGCUACUGGUGGUCAUAUCAUUACUGUUGAGGAUCAUUACAAAGAAGGUGGCAUUGGGGAUGCGGUGGCUGCAGCAUUAGCUGGAGAGCCUGGAUUCAUUGUUCAGAGUCUGGCAGUCAGAGGGGUUCCUCGUAGUGGAAAGCCUACAGAGUUAUUAGAAAUGUUUGGCAUCAGUGCCAAGUGCAUUGUUGAAGCAGUAAAGUCUACCUUUGCAAAUUAACAAGACCUGGUAGUGCUACGGAAUGCUGCAAGUAGAAAAGUAGAGCAGCUUAUUUGUUGCAUGUGGCUUUAGUAA